GCGCAAUCCCGCAGAAUCCUUGGCCGCAGGUGCGCUAUGUGAUUCAAGCUUUCCUCCCAACAGUGGUGAAUGACAUCGAGGUGACGACCGGACUUACCUCCGCGGACAUCGAUGGUCGUGUGGUGGUGGUCUACGACUAUGACGGCGUCCCCAUUGGCAUCGCCAUCAUCCAGCUGCCGGAGGGCGCCCCUGAGCCGGCGGAGGGUGAUGACCUGUACGUCUUCGACUUCAGCCCGUACCCUGGCUCCUCCUCGCCCUACCAGCCAACCGGGGUAGUGGAAGUGAAGUCCGCGGACAAUGGCGAGACCCAGCUUUCAUGGAGCCUCACCGGCCUUGAUCCCAGCUGCAGCAGCAGCUGUGCCGCGGCCAAUUGCUGUGGCGUCACAAUCAAUGAAGGCAUGAGCUGCAGCGACGCCGGAGCAACCUAUUGGGCCGGAGAUGACGGGAAUCCUUGGGGUUCCGUCAAGUACGACUCCAGCACGGACCCGGCGAACCAGCUUUUCCUCAGCGUCGACACUGGCCUCGCACGUGCCGACGUCUUGGGCCGGACCAUGGUGAUCUACGACGCGACUGGUGCUCCCAUUGCCUGCGGCAUCAUCGAGGAGUCCACGACUACUGUCUUCGAGGACUACCCGGGUUAUGCCGGCGACUUGCCAGACACCUCUGGCGGUGUGAAGGUCGAGUCGGACGACGAGACGCAGACGCUUAGUUGGCUCUUCACGCAGGGCCUGGACCCGCG